AUGUUGCAUAUAUCAUCCAAAUCAUAUUUUUCUCUAGUCAUAUUUGCAUUCUCCUUAUUCAAUUUAAUAUCAAAAACUUUAGCUAUAUCAACUGAUAAAUUAGCUUAUUUGAAUCAAUUAGAUAAUAAUAAUUAUUCUACAUUGUCUAAAUUAAUAUCAACUACUAGUCCAUUGUGGAAAAAUUGGAAAAAUCUUUUAUUUACUUUAAUUGCAUUAGGUAUUCCAACAACUUUAUUUUUUUUAAAACCUUCAAUUUUAAAUUAUAUUUGGGAUUCAAUGUUUAAUAAUUCUUCAAGAGGUAAUUUUAUGAAUCGUAGAAGAUUCAGAUUUGAUAAGAAAAAUGAUCCAACUUAUCAAAAAGUUCAAAAAAAAGGUGGUAAUAUUGGUGGAUUAAUAAAUGAUGGUAACACAUGUUUUAUGAAUUCUGUUUUACAAAGUUUAGCAUCAUCAAAUUCAUUAAUGGAUUAUCUAGAUGAAGAAUCUAAAUCAAAAGAAGUAGAUUUCACCAUUGCAUUUAAAAAAUUGUUGGAUCAUUUGAAUUCAAAACAUUUUAGUAAAAAUCAUGAUUAUAAAACAAAUCCAAUGUUGAAAACAAUGACAAAGUCUCCAAAUAAAAAUUUCCUGUUGGGUUAUAAUCAAGAAGAUGCACAAGAAUUUUUCCAAUCUUUAUUAAGUGAAUUAGAAUCUGAUUAUAAAAAAAUACAUUCAUCAUCAUCAACAACAAAUAAAACAGAACCAAUUUAUAAUACCGAGUUACCUUCAGAUGCUGUUCAUGGUAUUGAACAAUUAGGUCAUUUAGGACCUGUUUAUAUUCCAUCUUCACAAAUUGAUCCAAAUUUACAAGAUGCCAAUUUAAAAUCUUCACAAUUUAAUUUGAUAACUCCUGUUGAUGGUUUAUCAGCUGAAAGAAUUGGUUGUUUACAAUGUGGUGAAAUGGGUGGAAUUCGUUAUAGUGUUAUUAGUGGAUUAAGUUUAAACUUACCACCUGAUAAUUAUAGUGCUUUAAAAUUAACUGAUUUAUUGAAAACUUGGAUUGAACCUGAAAUUAUUGAGGGGGUUGAUUGUAAUAGAUGUGCAUUAAAUGCUGUUUUAGAUUAUCAAACAAAUCAUUUACAAAUAUUAGAAUCCAAGGAGAAUAAAAGUGAAAAAUUAAUUGAUUUAUUAAAAACUAGAAUUGGUGAAAUUAAAAAUGAAUUACAAAAACCAAUCAUUGAUGAUGAAAUUUUUAAAAAAUUACAUACUGAAAAUAUGAUAAAGAAAUGUUCAAAAGCAAAACAAAUUUUAAUAAGUCGACCACCACCAUUAUUAGCAAUUCAUAUUAAUAGAUCAGUUUUCGAUCCAAUGACUUAUAGAGUUCGUAAAAAUAAUGCAAAGGUUGUUUUCCCUUUAAAAUUAGAUUUAGAUCCUUUUGUUGCUGAACCAAAUGAUAUUAAUACAGAUGCAAGAUUACCAUUAUCUAAAAAAGUUGUUCAUGAUUUACAAGAGGAAAAUGAAGAUGUACAAGAUGAAGAUGAUGAUCAAGCUCAAGAUCAACACAACCAAUCUUCAUCUUCUUUGGAAACACCAGAAGGUUCAGAAAAGCAAGAUGAUGAUGAAUCUGAAAAACAAACUCAAGAAUCUUUGAAAACAAAAACAACUGAAUUAAACUCAGAUGGAUCAGAUUCUGAUUUAGAUUCUGAAGAAGAAGAAGAAAGAACUUAUCCAACAAAUUCAACAUCUAUACCAACAACUAUAGAAAAACAAGAUUUAUCAGGUCCUUUAGUUUAUGCCUUACGUUCAGUUAUUGUUCAUUAUGGUACACAUAAUUAUGGUCAUUAUAUUGCAUAUAGAAAAUUUAGAGGUGUUUGGUGGAGAACUUCAGAUGAAACUAUUGAUAUUGUUGAUGAAGAUGAAGUUUUAUCAGCACCUGGUGUCUUUAUGUUAUUUUAUGAAUUAGAUUCUUUAAGUAAAGAAGAAGAAGAUUUAGAAGAUUUAGAAAAUGAGGUUCAAGAUGUAAAGAUUUCAGGUGAAUCUGAUGAGGAAGAAGAUAAUGAAGAGGAAGAUUCUAAAUCUGAUAACGAACUAGAAGAAGAAGAAAUUAAUGAUGAAUCUGAAGAAGGUAAUAAUUUGGCGCAAACUAUUGCAAACUUGUGA